AUAUCCCCCUUUCUUACUCCCUGUCUGUAGGCAUUGUAUCUCCCUUCAGCUUCGCUUCUCUUUCCUCUUCCCUGGCUGAAUGAGGGGAAGCGCAAACACUAACACUAAACAACGACACCACCACUACAGCCAUUCCCGCCGCCACCACAUCCCUCUCGUCGCUCAACGCCAACAAAUCAUCACAGCCACCACCACAACUUUGAGUGGUUGCUCGAAGAGAUUCGGCAAAGGCAUCGAUCACCGCCCAAUGAUUGACCGAUACCACCAUGCUAGUAGCCCGUGCCUUUCUGUCAGAUUGCCGCCGCCGCCGACAGCUACCUGGAUACCAGAGACGCACGCAUGUCCCCGCCUGCACAUACGGCUUUCCAGCUUGUACAUGCACCUCAUCCUACCUGCCCUACCCUGCCACCAACUCACCAUAGACUUUGGAAUCCGAAAGCAUCAGGCUUCGCCUCACGAUGAACACCCUCCAAGCCAAUACACUACCGCAAUCUUGUCUGCUCAACUGUCCGCCGCCGCUUGCCGCGCCUCUGCGUGACAACAUACGGUCUAGCUGAACAGACAUCCAGCCAUUCUUUGUGGCCAUUACGUUUGGUUUUCGGUCGUCACUGAAACCACCCUGUACUGCUCCGAAGCUUCGUCCAGAACCAGCACCCGUCGUCAAAGGCUCACCAUAUCGUCGCCCGCUGUCCUCUUGACCGAAUUAACUCGGUGUCUCUAUUCUGAGAGCUUGUUCUUUCGCGUCCACGUCGCA